CAACGGUGGAGGUUUGCAGCUUUUACGCGAAAAGUUGCGUCAAAGACGACAGAGCGCGCGAAUUUGGACGUUUAUAAUAAAAAUGACGUUGAAAGAUUUUCAAAGUUUUUACAUUCGGAGUUUUAAGAUUACUGUUAAAGUUGAAAAAAUUAAUAUUGAAAAUUAAAUUCGUUGUGAUUGUGUGAAAAUUAUCCCCAUCAAUGAGAUUUAGACAAUUAAUUUAGUUUGACUUGAAUAAGAAAUAAAUAAAGAAAACGAAUGUUUUGCAUCGAGUGUUUUUGUGAGGAAGUUUAAAAAUAAAUUAAGGAGAUGAGUCAUGAGUUAGCAACUAGAGUUAUGAAGUCGUCGAAAUACACUCAAGUAACAACACCGAACGAUAACGAUUUCGGGGAUUACCAAAACUUAGGAACAAUAAUACCUGCAAGCGAAUUGAGUCUUAGCCAUUCAACAAGCCAGCACUCUGAUUACGCAGGAAGUUGUAAACAACAUGUUAAUAAUAGUGAGGAACUCUUGUUGAACACAACUUAUGAUCGUAGCGGACAUCAAACGGGUUACGAUGUUCACCAACAAACCGAAACGAACGCUAAUAAAUACGUUCGAAACGAGGAAUUUGAGCUGGUCUGUAACUGUUCGUAUCCACAACACCAUCGUUUGAAGCCACGUUAUACUAGCGAACAGAAUAUCGCGCUGACAAAUAGGGGUUUUUGCUCUCUUACGAAAUUGGACGCGUCCAAUUCCAGUCAGUACAGCCUGGAUAGAAAGGGUGGAAAAUUAAAACAAAAUGAUGGUGGACAGCAACGCACACAACAACGUUUGGAUAGAGGACCGUCCCUGAAAAGAAUACAAUCCCCAGAAAUUAUUAACAUCCAUCGUGGUCCGAAUAACACGUUUUAUGAUGGUUACGUACCAGAAAAUUGCGCGGUGGUAAAGACUUUCGGUUACGAAAAGGACUUUAAGUGCGACGAUUACGGAUUUAAGAGGGCGCAAAGUUUCAAGAGGGCUAUGAGUGAAAGAUCGAAUGGUAAUCAGUUACGUAGUGGUGGUAAAAGAAGAGCCGCUGGCGACGGUAUCGACACACCGGAAAUGGACGAUCCAGAAUUGAUAUUCGAACUGUCCGAACAGAUGAGGGACUGUCAAUGUGCCUGCGAUCACGUGAUAUACGCCCCGGGGUAUACCACCUGUUUACCGGAAGAACGUUUCCCGCCAGCUCCAGACGUUACGCGUCGAUUAGGGGCUUCAACACCAAUCACUACCAAACCGGAGGCGGGAACUCCACCUUAUUACAGGUCGGCUUCCGCUGCAAGUUCAAGCUCGACGUCUUCCAGAAUAGACCUUUCGGCAAAACAUUGGUGGAUUAUUGCGACAGUUUUACUUCUUGCGGCUGCUGCUGGCGUUGGAGUACCAAUCGCUCUCAAAAUCAGUUCUACUGCAUCUUUAGAUGAAAGGUUGGAAUUCGCAGCAAGAUUAUUACAAGAAGUGCCUCUUAUCGACGGCCAUAAUGAUCUGCCGUGGAAUAUCAGAAAAUUCCUCCACAACAGACUCAAAGACUUCAAAUUCGGUGAGGAUUUGAGAAAUAUUUCGCCAUGGUCUACGAGUGCUUGGAGUCAUACUGAUCUUCCUAGACUGAAACAAGGUCACGUUUCUGCUCAAUUUUGGGCAGCUUACGUUCCGUGUGAUUCUCAAUUUAAAGACGCCGUUCAAUUAACAUUGGAACAAAUCGAUGUUAUUAGAAGACUUACAGAAAUGUACAAUCCAUCGUUAACUUUAUGUACUUCGUCACAAGAUAUACGGACGGCGUACGAGAAAAACCAAUUGUGUUCAUUAAUUGGCGUCGAAGGGGGACACUCUCUAGCCGGAAGUUUGGCCGUUUUACGAACGUUAUAUCACGUUGGGGUGCGAUACCUAACGUUGACGUCAACAUGUAACACCCCCUGGGCUGACUGUUCCUAUGCUGACAUGCCCGGACGAAAACCAGAACACGGAGGGCUAACAAACUUUGGAAAGAGUGUCGUGAAAGAAAUGAACCGUCUGGGAAUGAUAGUGGACUUGUCCCACGUGUCAGUUGGUACGAUGCGGGACGCUUUGGACGUUUCGAAAGCCCCAGUUAUAUUCAGCCAUUCCUCAGCUCAUGCCCUUUGCAACUCGACCAGAAAUGUUCCGGACGAAACGCUUAGAAAGCUCGCCCUGAACAGAGGCGUGGUUAUGGUCAACUUUUACUCGCAUUUCUUGACCUGUAAAGAUGUUGCCACUGUUGCAGAUGCCGUUGCACACAUAAAUCACAUCAGGGAAGUGGCGGGGGUGGAUAAUGUUGGUCUCGGGGCUGGAUACGAUGGAAUAAACUUUGUUCCGCAAGGUUUAGAAGACGUUGCGGCAUAUCCAACUCUUUUUGCCGAAUUAAUAGGAACAGGAAAGUGGAGUGUUGAUGAACUAAAAAAACUCGCAGGUUUGAAUUUUCUAAGAGUAUUGGAAGAGGUGGAACGCGUUAGAGAUGAAUUUAGGAAGGCGAAAGUACCACCAUACGAGGAUGUUAUGAUGCCCAGACCGAAAGUCAACAAUUGCACAUCUCAGGAUCAAGUUUGAUUAAUGUUCAAUAAAAUUGGAGACAAAAUAAUACUCAGACUGUUGUAUAACUACGUUACGAGUAAUGAUAUAGUUUAUUUUGAUGUGUCGAUGAAAGUAUCGAUGGUGCUGUAAUUUGUAUAUGUAAAUUUAAGAUAAAAAAGUUAAAGAAUUUAAUUUAAUUAAUAAAAAAUUGCGUGUGACAAUA